AUGGUUCGAAACAAGAGCUUGAUCUUCAAAAGUGUGCCAACCCAUGCACCGAUUCCAAAUGUGCACCUGGGUAUUGAGGAUCGGGAAUUCGAUCUCACAACCGAUCCGCCUCGGGGAGGGGUAACCGGCAAGACACUCUAUGUCAGCCUCGACCCUUACAUGAGAGGGCGGAUGCGCCCUGCAGAGACGACAUCAUAUUCUGCUGCGUACACCAUCGGAGAGCCCAUGAUUGCCUACGCGCUGAUCCAGGUCAUCAAAUCCAACAACGACAAGUACGUCAAGGGAGACAUCGUAUACGGUCAAUUCCCAGUUGCGGAGUAUAGUGUCAUUACCGAGGAACUCCUCUCGCGCGACCUUGUCCGCAAAGCUCACCCAAUUCCCAACGCGCCACUGUCCAACUGGCUCAGUCUACUAGGCUCGACUGGUCUCACAGCGUACUCGAGUCUCUAUGAGCUCGGGGCCCCGAAACGGGGGGAGACCAUCUUCGUCUCCUCGGCCGCCGGCGCAGUCGGGUUGUUCGUUGGUCAAAUUGCAAAGAUAGAAGGCUUGACCGUUAUUGGUAGUGUCGGCGACGAUGCAAAGCUAAGUCUCAUCAAGGAGGUAGGCUUCGAUGAUGGCUUCAAUUACAAGAAGGAGAGUACGGCCGAUGCUCUGCGAAGGCUGGCACCCCAGGGCAUCGACAUUUACUACGACAACGUCGGAGGCGAGCAGCUAGAAGCAGCUCUUGGCGCCAUGAACAAUUUUGGGAGAAUCAUUGAAUGUGGCAUGAUCUCUCAGUAUAACAAACCUCUUGCCGAGCAGCAUGGUGUGAAGGGCCUUAUGAACGUCAUCGCGAAGCGACUGAGGAUGGAAGGCUUUGUCGUCACAGAUCCACGGUUCGGGCCCAAGUGGCGGCAGCAAAGGGACGAGAAGAUGCUCCAGUGGCUGAGCGAGGGCAAGCUGCGAAGCAUAGAACAUAUCACCGAGGGGAUCGAAAAUGCCGCACAGGCCUUUGUUGAUAUGCUCGAGAGUAACAGGGCGGUUGGGAAGGCGAUCUUGAAAGUAGCGGAUCCAGAGUAA